ACUCUCACCGCUUAUCUCUCGCGACCUCCGCCGGACGCGCACGCUCGCCGCGCGCCUUACCGCCUCGAAAUCGAACCCGCGCCGCGAUCGCGUUAUGCCGCCCUACGAGCAUACUUACAUGUUUGGUUACUUGUAUUUGUUUUGUUUUCGGAGUCUAGGACGCGGGCCGGAAAUACGCUAGUUAUCAAAACUUUACAAAGUGUAUUUUUUUUCAAAGAACAGUAAAUAUUUAUGCAAAUUUAUAAAUCUAAAUUUAAAAUACUGGCACGAUGGUGUCAGAAGGGCCAUUGCCCGUGGUGUGGUGUGUACGGGAUAAUCAACUUGUGCCUCACCAAGUAUCGGGUGUAAAAUUACAAGGAGCCGUUACGGGCGCUCAUAUUGCUGCUGUUACAGACUUUUUGCGUAUGGUGGCCGGGACUCCUAUCAUUUUACCCCAUACAUCGGUACCGGAAGAUGUAGAUAAUAAUAUUAACCAAGAAAAAGAAGAUACUAUGCGCAGAAGAAAAAUGUCUAUGCAAGUUGAAGUACCUUGCGUUUUUCUGUCUGAAAGUGCCUUACAAAAGGCAAAGAGUCGCAGUAAUUCUUUAGAAGAAAAGGUAAUACAUUCCGAUCAGAAAUUCGCUCCUACUACAACCAAAAGAUAUCUAGAACUUGAUAUGAAGUCUUCAUUUUUUAGUUCAUCUUGUAAUAUGCUAGAAUUUAAGGACAAAGAUAGUAAUCAGGAUGGUGAGAAAGAAUGUUUUAAAUCAUCUUAUCAUCUGCGGGAAACUAAAAACGAAAAUCAACCCCAAAGAAUAACGAGAAUAAUUGAUUUAGACGACUUUAAUACAACCACAAUAGAAACUGAACCUGAAAAAGAAACACAAAGAAUUACAAGAAUUAUUGAAUUUAAGAAUGAUACAUUAAGUUCUCCGGUGUGUACUGAUGUGGACAAUGAGAGUUUACAAAGAAUAACUAGAAUUAUCAGGUUGGAUGAGGACCAUUCAUUCUCCGCAAUAACAAAUCAGGGCGAUAUUGACAAAGAAGGCUCUCAGAGAGUAACUAGAAUUAUUGAAUUAGAAAAAGAUAGUACUUUUCCAAGUAUGGCUAGAAUUAUAGAGAUGGAAAAUGAAAUUUCUAAUGAAAGAAGAAUUUCCUUAACAAAUGAACGUGAAACUGGCGGUGGACCUAAAGAAGAUUGCUGUGAAGAAGUAGUGGUGAGGUCUAAGCCGUCCUUAACUAGAGGUACUCCUAGGUUUAGUGUUGACUCUUCCUGCUCCGAAAACUCUUACGUCAACAUCGAAUGUGUUAAGAGUUUGCCGGAUGUUAAAAGAGAAGAUAGUGUUAGUGCAGAUCUAUCGCCAGUUUUCAAGCCAGUCCGGUCGAGAUUCCCGCGAAAGAAAACCUCCGUAUGUUCAAUUGGCUCUUCGGACUGCGACGAUGAGGUAGACGUGAUAUUUAAAUCGAAACCGAAAUCUAGUCAGUGGGUGAGCUUAGACUGGAUUCCUCCGACGCCCAAAGAAGAGCCAGUGAUAUCGCACGACUGUGAUAAAAACGACUUCAUAUCGAAAUGGAUAGCGGAACAAAAUUCGCACGAGCCUGGUAUUAUCACCGAUGAAAGGAGAAAAAGUCUUCCACCAAAAUCAAAUGAAAUAUAUCUCCAAAACAUGAGGAGGUUCAGUGAUGGAUUACAGAUGUGUAAAGAAGACGCAGCCAGUGAUUCACCCGCCACGGUUAAGUCUAAAUGGCACGAUAUUGUCAAGCGCCACCUACAGGUUCUUAAAAGUGAUAAGGGGUUCAGAAGACAACGCGGCAGCUGGAUGCGAACCGCGAGGCGGUUGUCGUCUACACCUGUUAAUCACAAGGAAUCAAUUCCAGCCGACACAUACAUGAAGCUUAAUGCUAUGUCAUGGUACUUCCGUAAAAUAAAAAGGAUUGAAGCGGAAAAGAAGCUCCUUUUGCCAGAAAACGAGCACGGCGCUUUCCUCAUUCGAGACUCGGAGAGCCGACACAAUGACUUCUCGCUAUCAGUGAGAGACGGCGACACGGUGAAACACUACCGCAUCAGGCAGCUCGACGAGGGCGGGUUCUUCAUCGCGCGCCGGACCACCUUCCGUACCCUCCAGGAGCUUGUCGAGCACUACAGCAAGGAUGCCGACGGGCUCUGUGUGUCGCUCAAUAAGCCUUGUGUGCAGGUUGAAAAACCAGUAACGGAGGGACUUUCUCACCGAACACGCGACCAAUGGGAGAUCGACCGUUCGUCUCUCAAGUUCGUCCGGAAGCUCGGCCAUGGGCAGUUCGGUGAAGUGUGGGAGGGUCUGUGGAAUAACACUACCCCUGUCGCCAUCAAGACCCUCAAGUCCGGUACCAUGGACCCCAAGGACUUCCUGGCGGAGGCGCAGAUCAUGAAGAAGCUGCGGCAUAGCAAACUCAUUCAACUCUAUGCUGUUUGCACGCUGGAGGAACCCAUUUAUAUCAUCACUGAGUUAAUGAAGAAUGGAUCUCUACUCGACUACCUUCAAGGCAAAGGCCGCGGUCUGAAGCUGCAACAGCUGAUCGACAUGGCGGCGCAGAUAGCGGCCGGCAUGGCGUACCUCGAGUCCCAGAACUACAUCCACAGAGACCUCGCCGCCAGGAACGUGCUCGUCGCCGACGCCAACAUCGUCAAGAUCGCCGACUUCGGACUCGCCAGGCUAAUCAAGGAGGAUGAAUACGAGGCGCGUGUAGGCGCCCGGUUCCCGAUCAAGUGGACCGCGCCGGAGGCGGCCAACUACAGCAAGUUCUCCAUCAAGUCCGACGUCUGGUCGUUCGGCAUCCUUCUCACCGAGCUCGUCACCUACGGCCGAAUACCCUACCCUGGCAUGACAAACGCCGAAGUGCUGCACCAGGUGGAGCACGGCUACCGCAUGCCGUGCCCGCAGAACUGCCCCGCGCCGCUGUACGAGAUCAUGCUGGAGUGCUGGCACAAGGACCCGCUCAAGCGGCCCACCUUCGAGACGCUCCAGUGGAAGCUCGAGGACUUCUUCACCAUGGACAACUCCGAGUACAAGGAGGCGUCGGCCUACUGAGCCAGGCCUUCCCUGCCGCCCCACCGACACGCGCACCAGCAUCAUACACCGGGCCUGUACCACAUGCCACCCGAGCUGCAAAUGCUGCACGGCAGCACAUCGCUGCAGCACCUGCAGAUACACCAGCUGCAGGCGCAGCAGGCCAGCCUCGGGCACCUGCAGGCGCAGCAGGCCAGCCUCGGGCAGCUGCAGGCGCAGCAGGCCAGCCUCGGGCAGCUGCAGGCGCAGCAGGCCAGCCUCGGGCAGCUGCGGGCGCAGCAGGCCAGCCUCGGGCAGCUGCAGGGCCUGCCGCCGCGCCACCACGCCUGCCUGCACCGCCGCGGCCCGCUCGCCGCCUACCCCGCGCCCUAGCUCGCCCGCGCCACCGAGGACGCUUAGCUGAUAGACAUGCGGCCAUUCAUAGGGAAAUUUAAUACCGCUAACGCGCUACCGUUUUGUACUGCAUUCGAUUGAUAAACGCUCGUGUCAGCUUUAUCUGGUUAAUCUGUGAUUAUGAACCUAGAAUUCUGAUGUCUAUUAGAUUAGUGUCUGUGUUACAGACUUACCACUAUGACUCCUACGGGACGACUCAAUAAAUAGGCCUAGUAUGGAUGUCGUGUACAUAGUUCGGUGGUGAACCUUACUCCAAUCGAAUAGAGUUCACCGCUGAACGUGUGGAGGUGACUGUGCACGGCCGGCGACCUCGGUGGAGCUGCAGCCGCGCCGGGAUGUAGGGUGACGCCACACCGCCCUAGCGACCGACUCGACCGCCCCGUCUGCAUAAGUUUUUACAUUAUUUUGUUAGUAAAAAUCUAGCACACUGCCGCGGCUGACUGGGAAACGUUUGCUCAAAGUACUUCCUUUAAAACUGUUAAACGAUUUUAGCUAAUAUUCUUACGCUGCAGCCAUCCUUUAUUUUACUAUCGACUUAAUUCAUACCGUUUAUACUACUGCGGCAGUGUUCUGGAAAAAAAUGUUAUACUACAUACCCAAAUGAUAAUCGUUGUUUAUCAAAAAAAUUAUUGUUAAAAUUUGAUAGGCAACGGAUAUCCAGUUUUGUUCAAAAGUUCAUUACAAUACGAAGGGGUAGACGGUACAUAUCUAUACACCUGUCAAUAUAGAUUUAAGUAAAUAUCAUAACGCCGGGUCCAAAUUUUAUGAGGAUCUGCUACAAUGCUUACCUUGCAUCGUUUCUCCUUAGCGUAUUUUGACAGAUGUAUAGAGUUACAACGCAGCGACUGCGGUCGCGCAGACCCGUUCCGACAAAUAUACAGGUUGUUAUAGCACGAUUAGUCUCGAACGAUCUAGGAAAUUGACGAAAGUGGGUUCGAUGCACGGACGAGGUUCGAAUUAGACGAGAUUUGAUUUUUGCAUGGUGAAGCUAGUUCGAGAAUGGGUUUGCAAUAAAAUAAAACGACGACGUAGACACUUAAUUACUCUUGAAUCGGUAAUAAGUUUAGUUAGACUUUUUACGAUUUUUCCUACAUAUAUUUAUAUUUAACUUACCUAGGUUAACUUAAACAGUUUUCAAAGUUUCGACUACACCUCAUAAGUAGUACGUUUUAUAUGGUUAAGCUGAUAAUGUUUCAGAAUAAUAAUUUCAUUUUGAUUAUGUUCAUACAAUUAGGGAUUUUUAGCAUUUCUUUGAAUAUAUCUACAUACCAUUUUUCGUGAGCGCCCCUACCUUGUAAGUACCUACCAAUGUACCCCAUUACCAACUUCACUUGCAAGUGAAUAAUAAAUUACUGCUUCUCGUGAAUACUCACUAUGAAUCAGUGCAUUCCUAGCUUUGAGACAUGUAACGGUUGUUGAUUAGUUUGAAUGGAGUUUAGAAAGAGGCUAUUUCGUGUGUAAAUAACUACAAAUCGGUUUCGUCUUCGCAUUAUAUGGGAGUGAGUGGCUAGAUCGGGCGUGUGUGCGUGCGUCCGGAGCGAGUAUCGUGUAUCAACAUCGCGUGUGUGUGUGUUAGGAGGAAAUUUAGGCUCGGCAGGGAUAAAAUAAAUUAUCAUGCGUCAAGCAUGUCUUUUUUAAGGAUUUAUGUUUUGAUGAGGCGCAUUAACCAAUUAGGUAUUUCACCUUCGUAUACCAUGUUUAAAGUAGUAUCGAUAUUGGUGAUAGAUGCCAAAUAAUCCUAUUAAAGAACUGAAUUUUAUAUACAUAUUAAUUGUUCUGAGGGUAUUUAGAUAUUAGGAUCUAAUUUAUGUAAUUUAAAUGCGAUAAGCCUGUUUAAAUCACGAUUGAUUGAAAUUGUAACGCGAGUCAUAUUAUGAUUUUGAAAUAAUUCUGUCGCAAUAUACAAAAUGCUGUAUCAGUAACUGAAGUAUACUUCCCUUAAAAUAUAAUAGGAUUGAUUUAUCAUGCUCAACGAUAUAAGAACGUCUGAUUUUUACUAUAUUAUUGUAUCAUAAUAUGAAUCCAAAACUGAUAUUUUAUUUGUGCCAAGACUUAUUGUUAAGUUUAAUGUUGCCACGUAUGUCGAUCGACUAUUUUUAUUUGUAUUCAGCUUCUUACUUUAUUAUAAGUAAGAUGAUUGGCCUAAGUAAAUAAGUAUUUUUGAAUGUGUAGGUUUUGUAUCCUAACUUAUAUAGAUGUAACUUACAAUAUAUGUAUACUACGUAUAUAAUAUCAACGAAGAUCGGCAACAUCAGGCAUAAAUUCUCAUUCGUUGGUACUGCACAUUUUGUUAAUGUUACAGUAAAUGUGUGCAAUAUUUAUGUUGAAUCCCGGUGCUUAGUAUAAAUGUGUGUGGCGAUGCGACUCAUUUGCGACCGACCGUGACAUCCUCAGAACAUUUAACAGACGCGUAGUUGUUUGUGUAAGCUUCAAUUGAUAAUUGACGAUAAUUCCAAUCCUAAUAUCACCUAAACAGUGCAGUUUUCUGUACCUACACCAUUCUUUCCUCUCUCAUUGUUAAUAUCUACCAAAAUUUAGUUGUAGAUAAGGAUAUCUCAUAUGAUUCAGUACUAUUUAUAUGAUAUUAGUAUGUUGGUAUUAAACAGUGUACUGACUCGACCAUUCCAAUCGGAUCGCAAUAGUUAAUACGAACAUUGUGACAAAAUAGUGAGCUAAUGGAGAUAUAUCGCGGUAAAAUAAUGCAACUGUCGCACAAAUAACUUUUAAUAUAUACCUAAAUAAUACGGUGCCUGAAAAUGCAUUUUAACGUCACAAAAUAUUCUAAUUCAUAAUGCACUGUGGAUAAAGCACUCGUGAAUAGAUACGAAAAAGUUUUUAAAUUGAUCAGUGUUCAAGGCAUCUGGUGGUAAAAGUAGUGCUAUAUCGAAAUGUUCCAAUUGUUUUGCCGUUUGUUAACUAUAGAAUUCAACACGACCCCUGAUUUAUUUCUAUAAUUUAUUUUUAUACUCUAAAGGUUCAUUUUCUAGCUGUAUAAUUAUGCUAUAGGCUUAACGCUUUACCGCAAUCAAUUUGUCUGUCUUAUAGGCAAUAUAAUUUAUAAAUUGUAUUUGUAUUGUAUUAUUAGUUAGUCAAUUUUUAAGUACUAUUAUUUUCUUAUACAAUGGCGCCAUCACAAUUAUUACAGAAAAGAUCAAUAAGAUUCAUAGGCUAAGCUAUGUGAGGAUAUGCGUGUUAGACUUGUUUAAUUAGACUAUUGUAAGUAACUGUUGCCGUGUUUAAGACGUUUGUACGAGGCCUCGAGCCGCGGCGGCCUGUACGGACGCGUUGGUGACUAGUGAAGUCAUGAAAUUCGUGCGACUGAUGUUAGUUGAUACUGUUUGACACGUGAACUAAGGUCUUAUUACCUCCGAGUAUCAAUUAAAUAUUUUAAGUUUCUCUUAUGUAUGGUUAUGAUUAUUAUAUUAUUUCACUUAUUUGUAUAGAGUUUUUUAACACAACAAUAAAUAUAAAUGUGGAA